AUGGUUCAGUCUGAGUUGUCUGGAGCGGGUGGUCGAGGCUCCUCUGGGGAUGAUGAUAGACUCCGCCAUGUCGUGAUGGAAGGCUUCAUAUUCCACGCCGCAACGAGUGUCCCAUUCAACCCUCUACCCGAGCAACAGACGGCGAAUCUCAAUCCCGCGAUACAGCUCGCGCAGGGUGCUCUGGAUACCAUGCCAAGUCGCGCAGAUACAUUGGGGCACCCGGACUCUCCUGUUCUGGGUGCGCCACCGGGACUGUUCGUGCUCGUGCGGGAGAUCUCGCUAAUGCAUCGGGCGUACGAGUUGCGCCGCGCAGACGACGAUGGUCGUUUGCAACCAUGUCAAGAGCUCAAGGCACAAUUAUCCCAAUACCGCUCCCUGUAUCAGAAGGGACUAUCUUUGACCGGGUUCCCGGAUACCGCUAAUACUGCAGUUGGGGCUGGUACAACCUCUAGCAACAACCCGGCAUUCCUCGGCCCAACGCUCUACAUAAUCGCAGCCGAAAUCCUGCUCGCCGACAUGCUGCGUGCCACUCACAACGGCCACCAUCACAACAGCAUGCAGACUCCAUUCAACAUCCCCAGCCUCGUGUCAGAGGGUGUCCGGCUCGUCAGCCUCCUCCAACCAGCUACGGACUACUACGCAGAAUACUACGGAUGGCCUAUUUAUGUAUUGGUGCGGUUCGCCUCGCGCCAACGAGACCGGGGCCUUCUGUUGUCUCGGGUGGAGGCAUUUCGCGAGGCGACGCGGAAUGGGACGAUGGCGAGGUUGGCGGCCAUGUUGCGGGGUAAUCCAUCAUGA